AGGCAUUUAUGGUAAGAUCAUUCCCCCAAAUCAAUAGAUGCCCUCUUUCUCCCAAAUCCCACGAUCGUCUUCGUCUCAUCAUACCUUUUCUCUAAUAGCUUCAUCGUUGAUCGUUCCCCAAGAACCAACAUCUGGAAUCUAUGGUUUCCUCCGUCAACUGUCUCCCAUAUUCAUUGAAUCGAGUAAGGUCGUCUCAUCAUCGACGAGUACAUUGCAAGGUGAACUUUAGGCUACCAGAUUAUCUAGAUCUGGCGUCAGACCCUUACGACUCACCGUUUGAAAUCUUGUACGAGAUAGGAUCUGAGGAAGAUCUGCUUUGUACUUAUAUUGAUAUUGAGAAACUCAGAUCCAAUUAA